CUAUCUGUAAAACUCAACCACCAAGGAGGCAAGGCCAGAAAAGGUAUACGCGGGAACUUUACGAGCUAGAGAGAAGGAGAGGGAGCGUCAACGAUGGAACUGGAAGCGAAACGCAACCACGAUCCAGACUUAAACGACUGGGCUUCAAUAGCAUGGACCAUACUCUGCAAUCUCCGUGACCAAUCGCCGCUUGUACAGUGCAUCACCAACUAUGUUUCCAUGGAUUUGAUGGCCAACACUCUUCUGUCCGCCGGUGCAUCGCCGGCUAUGAUCCAUUCCAUUGAAGAAAUCCCUGACUUCACUCCUCACGUUCGCGCUCUCUGCAUCAACGUUGGCACUCUCUCCCCUAACUGGCUACCGGCCAUGAAAGCUGCCGCGGAGUUGAUCACUAAGUCGGGGAAGCCUUGGGUUCUUGACCCUGUUGCUGCCGGAGCUUCCGGUUUCCGGUUGAAGGCUUGUUUGGAGCUUGUGGGUUUGAAGCCUAAUGUUAUUAGAGGAAAUGCGUCAGAGAUUAUUGCUCUAUCUAAGGCUUCUCUUGGCGUCACUAAGGGUGUAGACAGUUCCCACGAGUCAAUUGAUGCGAUAGAUGCGGCAAAGUCUUUGGCUCAAGCAAGUGGUGCCAUAGUUGCAGUUUCAGGUGCUGUUGAUAUAGUCACAGAUGGAAAUAGAGUUGUUGGCGCUCAUAAUGGGGUACCUAUGAUGCAGAAAAUUACAGCAACCGGAUGUGCAGUGACUGCCCUGAUUGCAGCUUUUGUUGCCGUUGAACCAUCAAAUGCUUUGGAAGCAACUGCUUCAGCGUUGUCAAUUUUUGGUAUUGCUGGUGAACUGGGAAUGGACAUAGCCAAAGGUCCAGCUUCUUUGCGGACGCAUUUGAUCGACUCCCUUCAUGGGCUUGAUCAAGCUGCUGUGUUUUCGCGCAUAAAGAUUACCCUCCUGUAAUUUUGACCUGGUAAUGCAAUAGAAGCUAGUGAUAAGAUACUAAAUGUCGUAAAUAUUUUUGGUUGGGGCAUCCUAAUGCUAUGUCAACAAUUAAAUCAUGCAUUUGACCAGUGUAUAGUGAUCAGCAAUUGUCGUGGUAUAUUGCUUAUCUAUCCUAAUAACCAAAUGAUCUAUUUGGUAAAAUUGUGCUCA